CAAAGACGCGGGACGAUUAAUUGAGUGGAGGAAGAAGAGAAGACGGUGACCAAAUAAUUGGGCGGCCUCAAUUCACUCGCAUGCCACCACCACGCAUUUUGGAACACACAGUCCCUCAGAACCCCCGCGCGCCACAAACUCUCUCUCUCUCUCUCUCUCUCUCUCUCACAUGCACAUUCAUUCAUUCAGUCACAUGAACUCCACUGCCUCCACCAACCCCCAAUCGUCAAUGGGCACGGUGUUGAAGCCGUCCUCAGACGGGUCGGGGAAGAAGGUCCGGAAGCCAUACACCAUCACCAAGUCCAGAGAAAGCUGGACCGACGAAGAGCACGACAAGUUCCUCGAAGCUCUUCAACUGUUUGAUAGAGACUGGAAGAAAAUCGAAGAUUUUGUAGGUUCGAAAACGGUUAUUCAGAUUAGGAGUCACGCCCAGAAGUACUUCUUGAAAGUUCAAAAGAGCGGGACAACAGCACACGUGCCUCCUCCGCGGCCAAAGCGCAAGGCUGCUCAUCCUUACCCGCAAAAGGCCUCCAAAAAUGGUUUACUUCCGUUGCAAGCAUCCAUUGCUUAUCCUUCUUCAAUGAACGCAAUUGCAUCUACCUAUUCUCCUUGGGAUGAAACUUCCAUUUUGACAAACCCUGCAUCCGACCAAAUUCUGUUGUCACAUGAAGAAUUUACUAAUCUUCAUGGAACUGAAGCUGACAUUGGAUCAAAGGGGUUAUCAAGGAUUAACACAUGCAGUCUUAGUGGCCCCCUGCCAAGUUCCGAGAUACCAAAUCAAGGGAAACAAGCUCCUGGGCAUCAUGGUCUCCCUGAUUUUGCCGAAGUUUAUAGCUUCAUCGGGAGUGUUUUUGAUCCAGAAACAAAAGGUCAUGCUCAGAAACUCAGGGAAAUGAAUCCCAUUAAUUUUGAAACUGUUCUGUUGUUAAUGAGGAAUCUCAGCUUCAACUUGUCCAGUCCGGACUUUGAGCCAAUGAGGAAGGUCCUGGUAUCACAUGAUGUCCUACGAAAACAGUAGCUGCAGGAAUCGUCGCCGCGAAGCUGAAUAACCCUCUGUCAUGAUGAACUUCUUCGUAGUUACACCCGCUGACUGGUGUGUGUUUUGGAGCAAAAGUGUAGUGGUUCUAGAACAGAAAAUGCCAAAUCCGAUGUUAGGAAUGUAGUUCUGCAGACACAAUGCAUACAGCGUUAGAGGAUUCUGAAAGGAAGAAACAUUUGAACUGGUUUUCAAGCUGUGCAAAAGGAUCUAAAUUGUCUGGUGGCCUCAAUGGAUGAUUUAUUCGUAUCCCCGGUUUUGUCCAGGCCUUCCAGACAAGUAUGCAUAUCGUGUAACAUGUGCUUAGUUGUAGUUUUCUCUUCUUUCUUUCUCUCUUCUCUUUACGUUUUCUGUUAAGGCAACAACAAUAGGUUUGCAUCUUGUGCCUCAAACAAAUUUAACUACGACAACGGAGAAUCCAAAUUCUU